UGCAGUUACUGGACUUUCCUUCCGAACCCAAGGGAAACAGAUAUACCUUUUUGCAACAACGUCAAGUGAAGUUUACUCUUUCAAUCUCUCCCUUAAAGAUAAAGAAACUAAACUUCUUCUAGACGAGCAUGGUUGUCCUCCUAAGUGCUCUGUAAUUAGUGAUGCCAAACAAGAUCAUCAGUUUGUGAUCGGAAGACACGAUGCCGUAUACUUCUAUCAACAUGAUGGAAGAGGACCUUGCCUCGCCUUUGAAGGAGAAAAAAUAUUGUUGCACUGGUUCAGAAGCUAUUUAGUUAUCGUUGGAAAAGACACAAAAGCGGUUCAUUCAUCAGCAAUGACUGCUCCGCCUGUUGAAAUGAAUAUUGUUACUGUAUAUGAUAUACAGAACAAAUUUAUAGCUUAUUCAGCUCCCCUUCCCGCUGUUGUGGACAUCAUUUCUGAAUGGGGAUCUUUAUAUGUUCUUUCACAAGAUGGAAAACUGUUUAAUUUACAAGAAAAAGACACUCAAACUAAACUGGAUAUGCUAUUCAAGAAGAAUCAGUAUGCUUUGGCAAUUAGUUUGGCUAAAAGUCAACAAUAUGAUGCGGACGGUUUAGUUGAUAUUUUUAGACAAUAUGGAGAUCAUCUUUACAGCAAAGGAGAUCAUGAUGGUGCUAUUGCACAAUAUAUAAAAACAAUUGGCAAAUUGGAGGCUUCGUAUGUUAUCAGAAAAUUUCUGGAUGCCCAAAGGAUUCACAAUUUAACUGCAUAUUUGCAAGCUUUACACAAGAAAGAUUUAGCGACAGAAGACCAUACAACACUCCUGCUCAAUUGUUAUACAAAACUAAAAGAUAUUUCUAAAUUAGAUGAAUUCAUUAUGGCAAAAGAUAGGGAAAUUCACUUUGACGUUGAAACAGCCAUGAAAGUGUGUCGCCAAGCCGGUUAUCAUAAGCACGCUUUAUAUUUGGCUGAGCAUCAUGAUCAGCAUGAGUGGUACUUGAAGAUUCUGUUGGAGAACCUCAAAGAUUAUGAUAAAGCAUUGAAAUAUAUUGCAAAGUUGGACUUUGAGGCUGCUGAAUUAAAUAUGAAAACAUAUGGAAAAGUUUUGAUGACUGAGGCACCAGAACAAACCACCCAACUUUUAAAAAGACUCUGUACUGAUUAUAAUCCUAAUCAGCGAGCUCCUGAUAAAUUUCAAGCUGCCAACCCCGAGGAAUUUAUUCAUAUAUUUGUCAGCAACUCUGAACGUUUGCUGGAUUUUUUAGAGCAUAUGAUAAGAAUUCGUCCUACAUCUUCCAGUCUCGUAUAUAAUACAUAUCUCGAGCUAUGUCUUAAAGCAUAUAGUAAAGAAUUAGAUGAUGAAAUGAAAAAGAAGAGAGAAAUAAAGAUUAUGAACAUGUUGCGAAACUCUGAUGCUACUUAUAGCAUAAAUCAAGCAUUAGUUCUUUGUCAAAUGAGUGACUUUAAGCCUGGCAUACUUCAUCUUUAUGAGAAAGCAAAACUAUAUCAACAAAUCAUUUUUCAUCAUAUUGACAAUCGAGACUUCGAUGCCAUAAUGAAAACUUGCGAAAGAUUCGGUAGCUAUGAUCCCAAUUUAUGGGUUCAAGCAUUGUGGUUUUUUUGCCAACAAGAAACUAAUCAGAAACCAUAUAUAAUUACAAUUUUAACGGAAGUUGAAAGAAAUAACCUUUUGUCACCCAUACUAGUUGUGGACAUAAUGGCAAAAAGCCACACUGCAACCUUGGACUUGAUCAAGGAUUACAUUAUCCGCUUUCUUCAAAAGGAGAAUGAACAAAUAGCUGAAGAUGAAAGACUCAUAAAACAAUAUAGAGAAGAGACUGAAAAGAUGAGGAAUCAAAUGGAAGAUUUAAGGACUAAUCCCAAAAUAUUUCAAGUUUCCAAAUGCAGUGGUUGCACUCAUCAGCUUGAACUACCGUCAGUUCAUUUUCUUUGUGGACAUUCAUACCAUCAGCAGUGUUUUGAAAGUUACAGUGCGGAACAUGAUUCAGAAUGUCCUCUUUGUUUAGCUGAAAAUCAAAAAGUUCUUGGCAUUAUCAAAGCUCAAGAACAAAACAAAGACCUUCAUGAGCAAUUUCAUCAUCAGUUGGAAAGAGCUGAUGAUGGAUUUUCUGUUGUUGCUGAUUAUUUUGGAAGAGGUGUUUUCAAUAAGGUCACAAUUGUUACCGAAUCAUCUCGUCCUGUAGUUCGUAAUGAAGAUAUGCUCAACCCCUUUUAUCAAGAAUAAGUAAAAAAGUUACAGAAUACAGUCAGGCAUGGCUCCUGGGGUAAUCGAUCUGUGCCGCCGCCCUAGGGCGGCAGAUUUUAAGGGCUGCAAAAUGUGAGGAGGCAAAAAAUGACACUCUAAUUUGUUAUUUCGUUUUUUUCUUUGCAGCUCAGAUUGCAGGGAAAAUGGUGAGAGUAUGCUCGAUGAUUUAAAUAUACAUAUAUACUAACUAUUAAAACACGGGGCCACAUUUGUCAACAUCGACUAGGAUGGCAAAACUAUUACAGCCGACCCUGAAUGCGGUAAAGCCUCAGAAAUUGAAACUCUCGACAUCUGAAAUUCCUGAUACAAAGUUGAUGCCUAAAAUUAGAUUUCAUAAAAGGAAAAUGAACCUGAUUCUAAAGCUAAGUUAAUUUUUUAAUGACGGCAAUAUGUUUAGCGAACAUAUGAAUAUAAUGUGUUAGAGAUGUACCAAAUAUUUAGUUAAAAUUCUGACCGAAUAUUCAGCCAAAUACUAAAUAUUUUGUUCAACCCUUUUAUUGCCAAAUUAAAGUAGAAUA